UCGAUAUUCCAAUUGCAGUGUCACUUGUCACUUUUAAACUACAACGAACAGUUCAAAAACUCAAUUCAACAUGAAUUCAUUUUUCCUGAUAGUUUUUGGUGCUUGCCUUGUGCACCAGGGAAGCAGUGUGGGCUACUGGGUAAAUAUCGUGACAGUUACAUCUAUUAUCGACAAUGUCAGCGUUAAAACCGACAAUUCCAACAAGACCAUAAUUGUCGUGAACAAAGACCGAACUGGUUAUACGUUCAAAGCAAGUAUUCUACAAAAUGUGUUCACGGAGAAAGGACCGGUAGAAGGAGUCGUUUGUGAUACUGAUCCUAAUCCAAAUCAGGCUUUCAUUAUUAAAAUUCUAUUUGAUCUCGUAGGAGCUGAUGGCUGUCCCGUCGCUGUUGGGGAGUAUCCAUUAAUCUCAGAAUUAAUCUAUAGGACUGACACUUUUACCCUUUUAAAAAAGGGAUUUCGUGAUGCAUCUUUAAGGAUCGGUAUCAAAAGUCACGGAAAUGAAAAUGCCCAGAAAGAUGAUAUAAUUAUUUGGGGCCAUAUAAAUGAGCUCACCGAUUCGGAACUAGAUGCUUUGGGUAAGAAGAAGGAAGAGAAGUAAUCCGUCACUUCCUACUUUAUUUAUCUCUAGUGUUUAUAAUAAUUGCAUUCUACUACAGAAAGAAUUCUAUCCUCAAUACUUUAUCUUGUUCUUCAAUAAAAUUGAUGAUUGCCUGAA